UUGUAACAAGAACUACAUCAAACUGAUGAAGGGAAGACACAAUGGAAAUAGCAUUUGAGAUAAUCUAAUUCCCUCUUCACUUUUCUUUAAUGAAGGAAUACAUGAAGCAAUCAGUGGUGAUUAUCUUGUCUCUGCUGAAUCCAUACAUGGUGCUUUUCUGCUUCUUUUAAAGAUUUGACUAAUUGAUCAACUUUACAUGAAACCAAGCACCAAGCACCAAGCACCUAGCCAAUAUUUUUGUCUAAUGCAGCCCAACUUGAGUGCUUCAUGGUUGCUUCAAAGAGCGAUGUCAGCGAAGCAACAGACUGAUGUUCCUGAAGAUUUUAUCAAUGAACUUCUUUAUGCCAAUUUUAGUUGUAUGCAGAGGCUUGGGGAUCCAGUGCUACGACCAUUUCUGCAGGAUGUUGUACAGUUUGGAGCACUUUCCAAGACACUAGGCUUGGUUAUGUUAACAAGGCCUCAAAUACUCCCUUCCAUAUUCAAACAGGUUGGUGUUCCUGUACUACUUGAUUGGUCCAGACAUUUUCUGAUGCUUGGUUACUACACCUUUCUCGCAACCUUUGCUGAUCCUAUUGUCAGGUCAUUUUUAAAUACACUACCAUCCAAGACGAGUUUUCGGUGGAAACAACAUCUCGAGGCGUGGAAAUAUGGUGCUGGCCUUGAUUAUAAGCUAUAGAAACUACUUUUACACAUGAUUCAUAUUCAGAUCAACAUAGAAA